AUGCAAGAUUUUGGAUCAAGGGUUCAAUGGCAACUGGUGAUGCAUCCUUGGACCAAUCCUGCUGUAGCUGAAGCUGAUGAGAAAAACACAUUGGAUUGGCUGAACCCGGGUGUUGCUACAUCAUCCUCAAGUUUAUCUAGCCCUUCAGUGCCUGACUGGUUGAAUACACCUGUGGCAGUCAAAAGAGCAUGUCCUUCAGGGGUGUCCAACCCCAAGCUGAAACAAGCCCAUUGGCUGAAUCCACAGGUCGACAGCAAAUUUGAUUUUACACCAAGAUCAGAUGCAGUGCCAGAGCCGAAACCUUCAGGUCCAGAGAUUGACUUGACUAUUGGCUCCGCAUUGCUUGUUCUUGGGGAAGCAGAGCACGUUUUGAAACAAGAGGAUCUUCCAAAGGAAAUCGUUCAGAAGGUGCACCAUUCUUUGAAAAACCCAUGCCGGCAUGGGAAAGGGAAAAAGGGUUGCACUGCUUGUCAGCCACCUUGGAAUGCAUCUGACGCUGUGGCCUUUGUUGCCUUGUGGCAUUCAAUGAAAAGAGAUCACAAAACAAUUGUGUUGAACACUUUGUAUGAGCAAGCUGGCUCACAUGCAAGCAGCCGAGUAUGUGUAAAGUUCCUGGGACGGCGAAUCUGUAUUUCCCACUUGUGUGAAAUUUUGCAAACCGCACCACGGACCUUCUACAAGCAUGCAGGUGGCAAUGCUGAUGGUCGUACAACAAAUGGAAAGACUGUGACAGAUUCUCGAAUUUCAGUUGAUAUGUUUUUUUACAAUCUGUAUCAUACCGCAGCUGAGUAUCUACCAGAACAUGAGUUCCAGCUGAAUGAUGUUGACUCACAAAUUGAGGCAGAGCAAAGUGGUAAAAGUGAUGCUGCAGUACAACAAUGUUUCCAGACAGAGGGCCUUUUGCCACUGCUUGGGCAGGAUCCUGAAAAACAAAUGCUGAACAGCAUUGCUGCCUUUGCUGGUGGUAACCAGCUUCCUGUCCGGUACAUACAGCAUCAACGUGUUGUUGAUCUUUGGAUGCUCUAUCUUGGCUGGGGUAGCACUGACGACAAAAAGGCCAAGCAGUUGCCAAACAGUGGAGGGAGCAUCUCAGAUCUCAAUAUCAAGAUCGUGUUGUUUACUGGUGCCUUAGGUACCAAAGCAAGCAACCACAGAGAGGAGGGCAUGGUGCAUGGAGGGUCAUUUGUGAUGGAAACCUUGGUUCGAUCACUGGCCCACAUCAAGCAGUUGCGGCGUCAGCAGGGCUUGGAGCUGCCAAAACAUCUUUGUCUCCAGUGUGACAACACUGUUGCACAGGCCAAAAACGCAGAGGUUGUGCUAGGAAUGGGAAUGUUGGUUCGGCGUUUUGCCUUUGACACAACUUCCUUGUGUUUUUUGAGGAAGGGGCACACGCAUGAGGAUGUUGAUUUUGUAUUCAGCAUCCUGCUGAGCAAGGUCUUGAGGAAAACCAAGAUGAAAACUCCACAGGAUCUGGUCAACAGCAUCAGUGCCAUGGAAUCCUUUCUUGCAGAAAAGGGUUACAAAAUACGAUCCACGUUGCUUACCCACUGCCGGGACUUCAAACCAUGGCUUGCCAGCUAUGGUUGUACCCCCUACAAUUGCUUUUUGCCCAGACAAGGAGCAGAGUGCCCGCACUCUUUCACUUUCAAAUGUCGGAUGGAUUUGAGCCGUCAAGAAAUGGAGGAGGUGACAAAGAAUGAGGCACAAACACAGGUCCAGGAGAAGAAUGACUUGGACAUUUUCUGUGUGACAAAGGCGUUUAUGGCAAGCAGAGACAGCUUUGCACCAGUCCUCCUCAUCCCACACACAAGGGCCCAUCAACUUCCAGCAACUCCAAGCACGUCAUGUGAAGUGGUCAUGGCAGACAAGCGCAAGGCAGACCUGCUCAAAUUUGCAUCUGAGCUUGAGAAAUUGUCUGCAGAUUGGGGACCAGAGCAUUCAUUUUUUCGAGCAGCAGCUGAAAUCAGAAUCCUGGUUCAUGGAAGACAAAGAGAGCCUUCUCAAGAUGGGUUCCUUGAAAGCCUGGUGGCUGCAGUGGACAGAAGGAUUCCAGUGCCACUGUUUGACAGCCCUUUGUACAGCCACUUGCCAAAUUUCUGGCGAAUGAUGGUGCGCUUCAACCGUUAA